GGCGGCGCAGGCUAGAGAAGUUGAAAGGCCUACUCCUGACCCAUGUGCUUGCACGCUGUUGUGCAAAACAUAAAAUGAAACCAUGCAACCGGUCAAUGGAAAGUAAGGGGAGUAAUGUGCAGCAAGCAGGCAGCCACAGCCCUGGCUAUCCUCUCGCACGCACUGGAACUUGGCCCGCAGCGGUUGCCGUGGAGACGACGCCGCGGUUACCAAGGAGAGGGGUUUUUUGUGUGUGUUCCGGGAGCCUGGGCCGGCCUCAUACCGGGCGGCCGCGAUUUGAAACCGGGCUCCAUUGAAAUGGUUUCCUGAGAAGCGACGAUCGCCCGCGGUCUCUGCCGACAGUCCCGGUUCCCGCAGGGCCCACAGCACCUCCCGUCGACUGACGCGUUCGGCCACCGUGAAGGGGAUGAGCAGGUCAUGGGACAUGGCGGAGAGGUCUACUUUGUCCAGGAGAUCAUCUCUUGGACCACCAAGAAGAUUGGAAGAGCUUGUUCCAGAGAAUUCACUUGUUGUGGAGCCUUUGCAAGCAAUGGCACGGAAUGGAAUGUUUCUGGAGAAUCGAUCCACAUUCACAAUGAGGACAAGCCAUUGCAAAGCUCACAUUUCGGACACCUGUACAAAGCAGUCCUACUAUAUGCAGGAAAUGACAGAUUGCAUCACCAAAUAG